AUGAUGCUCAAUCCUUUUUCAGCCACCUUCUAUCUUUUGCUCACGGUUGUAGUUAUAGGAGAGACAGGGCAAGUCGCCGAUAAAGUGACGCCUGAAGUUGGUGACCAGGCUGACAUGCGUAAUGGCCAAUCAAAAUCACUUCUGGAAUCUUUGCGCAUAAUUCAAAAUCUCCACGAAGAUGUGAAAGAUGAUCGAAACACGGACAUUUGGAAAGCGUUCACACCGCCACCUGUAGUGGAUCCUGAAUGUCAUGUGAAAAUCGAAGUGUGCAAAACAAAGAGAAUUCCAGGGCGUUGCACAAACUUAGGGGGUACAGUCCCCGCUUGCCAAACCCAGAAUCUCCUGUCCCUCAAUGAGUUCACCCAGUGUGGACAGGAUUUCGUUGUCUAGUUCUCUUAUAUAUGGGCCACAUUAGUAGCAAUUACUAAUGUCCGUCGUAUAUAUGUUGUAUAAUGUUUUAUGUACGUGGGUAUGU